GUGCAUCCUUUUUGAUAACUUUUUUGUUAGGACACAGACAUUUCAAUGUAUGGUAUUAUGAAAGCAUUCUCAUGGACGACAACAUUUCCUGUUGUUUAUAUGGUAUGAUAUAUGGUAUUUGAUGCUAGACGUGCAAGCUAACUCUGAGAUGACAUAAGAAGGAGCAUAGACAGAAAACUCAAGGGAAUUUAAAGAGUCACUUUCAUAAUCUCAUGGCUUCUGCUAACAGCUUGCAAGAAGCAACAAAGCUAUAAAAGUCCUAGUUGCUGUAUAAUUUAAUAUCUUUGACUUAGGGGUAAUUCAUUUAUGGUGAUGUAGGGAGUUUUGUCUUUUUUAAAUCGGAUUGGCUUGAAGAAAACUGAGAUUGCACAUGUUAUUAGUGGAUGAGAUGUCUUGUGAUUUUACAUUUACCAAUAUUUCAAGCUGAUCAAAUCUUUAAUGAGGUUACUUGGUUAUGCCUUUUGAUAUGAUUUUUAAUUUUCAUAGUACAUUUUUGUCGCCAUCUUCAAGUGAAUUGCUUACAAGUCAUCCUCAGAGUUGUCUUAAAGUGCACGCUAGAUAUGUCUUAAAAUACUAGAAAUUGUUUAAACUUAAAGGGCAAUUAGGAAUUUUUAUUAAUACUUCUAAUUAGCAUGUAUGUGACUUGGAAUAAUGAAGAUUAGUUAGUUUCUUGAAUCAUUUAGUAUCAUAGAUUCUUAACACAGCAGAGUUAUGUGCCUCUUGAUCAUCUUGGAAAAUUGUUUAUCUUUCCUAACAACCAUACAUCCAGAGCAAUAUUUGUUGACUAAUUCUAAAACUACCAUACUCUGAGAAUUAGAGAAUCCACAAGCUAUAUAGAUCUUUGAUAUAUAUAUAUCUGUUGAGGUCAGCACAACAUGCACAUCUUCUCCUGUCAGUUUUUCAUUUGUUUAUAUCAUACACUUUUAUUCUCUCCAGCCUGCAAUUUAUAGGUUGGUGUGCAGCAACUGCCAUCUAUAUCUAUGAAACAGUGGGCUAUGACUCUUUUUACCAGGUCAUGGAGGUGAUAUCACCACAGGUUGCAGUGAUGGAUGUCAUACUACUAUUGCUUGCCAACCAAGAAUAGAUUCUUACCCUGGAAGGCCUUACAGACAGGUUAAGGGGUAGUACAUGAGCUGUCUGAUGUUCUCUUCCACUUCAUAGGCAUUCUCUGAAGUUGUAAACUAAGUGGGUCAUUUUCAUGAUUUUACUUUCUGGGCAUGUGAAAAGUGUUCCAUGGAAUCUAAUACAUCUGUGACUGGAAAAUCGUUUCUGGGCACUCUCUUUCUGGUCAAUAAAAGAUGCUUCAAGUUCUUGUGGGUUGGUAGGAAUUUCUAGGUAUUAUGUGAGGCCAAAAGAGUGGAUUUUCCUUUGUGGGAUUCCGUUUUUCCUUUGGAUUGUUGCCUACACGUUUCUUGUUGGUUUAGGUACUUGCCAACUAGUGCUAGUUGAACAGAGGACUUAACCAAUACCCUGAUGCUGGAAAAGAGAAGUUUGGAAUCCAUCUUUUUCUGCAACCUAACAGUGCACAAAAGCUAUUACUGGAAUAACAUCAUGGUAGGAAAAUCUUAAUGGUACAUGGAUUAUUUAAUUGGAAUCUAUACAAUCAGUCAGGACUCAUUCAGAAAUGUGGUGAGAAUACGGUCCCAGUGAUGGGAAUGUGAGCAGGGUUCAAUGGAUGGAUGCCUAACCUGGAGGCUGGUAAACUUGACGAGGGCUCGAUCAUGGAACAAAUAUUUUUGGUGGGUCAUGAAUCAAGAGACUGAAUCCAAGAGUCGUAGUUGGAGACAAUCAUAACCCUUCACCUUUUUUCUCCCAUAACCAGAUUUGUUCACCAUAUUCAGUACUAUCUAUUUGGCCAUUAUAAAGGAAGAACAUGCCCUUGGACCCGACCUUCUGGGGUCCAUAUACCCUAAAAGCACUUAUGCCCAAACACCGGUAAUAAUUCCUAUUGAAUACCUAUUGAAUUGUUAUAUGCUUUUAUGGCAGAUUCUCCACCCCACCCCCCUCUAUCCAUUCCUCAUUCAAACUUCCCUUCUCUCUCUCAUUACAUCUAUGGGUAUCUGCACAUUUAACUUUAAAUGAUAACAUAACACCUUCAUCAUCUGAGUCACAGAGCUUUUCUUUCUCUCCUUUCUUUUCAUCCUUCCCUUUUAGCUUUAUAGACUUCAAAUCCCAGCCAGUUCUUUUUUCUUUCUCUCUCCUCUUCAUGCAGCUUUAAUCCAUGCCACUGUUGGCUCUCACUUUCCUCUCCUUUAAUUUACUGUAUCUAUAGCUAUGUAUAUAAUUCAUUUAUGGUUUAUUGCAGUGGGGCAAAGAAAGGAGGGACCCAACUGACCUAAAGCUUGAAAAGGCUCAUGGGGAGGUUUUCAUUGAAUUUAAUGUGCCUUCUUCCCAACUGUUACCGUAUGAUGAUUUGUAUAUUGCAGGAUGUAACAAAUACAUCACUACUGAAUUUAAUAGUCAACCUCUUUGUUAUUUCCUUUUUUUUUUUUCAAUCUUUUUUGAUAUUAUUUAACAUAUAAAGGAGAUAAAAAAGGGCAAACAAAGGAAAGUUUAUAGCUCACAUUAUUCCUUGCUUUUAAUCAUAGGUGUGUUGGGAGCAGUUGGUGUGUCUACAGAUUGGGUUUUUAAUUUGUGGGGUCAACAUUCACUAUCAAAAUCAUCUCAAUAUGCCUAUUUUAUUUUGAUAGUCUUUUGCAUAAAAUCACCCUGCAGGUACUUCUCAUCCACAUAUCCCCCAAAAAUCCACUCAUAUUUCUCUAGUUGACUGUUAUCAAGCAAGAAUUUCACCAUGCUCAUUAAUCUAGUUUAAGAAUUCUGUCAUUUUAGGUGUGAAAAAAUAAGGAAGUCAGAUUUGUUGAAAGGGUCAUUUAACCAACAAAUUUCCUUAAGAAAUACAACCCAUUAGAAGACCUUGAAGUGGUUUUGCCUCUGAUGGGUACAAUUUUUGAUUGAUAAACUAAGGUCAAUGCUCUCAUGUCACAACCAUUUGCUAAAAUCAGCCCAGGUCCAACUUCAUUUUAUAUAUGUUUUAAUAUUAUUAUUAUUAUUAUUUUGUUUUUAUCUUCUCUUAGCUUUUAAUAUCUCAGAUGAACUGGCAGAAAGAGUAAAGAAAGAAACCUUCGAGCUUUCUGUUUCAGUCUUCCAUUCUAUUGUUUGCUUAUAAGAUGCAGGUUUUAAGUAGAGAGAGAAACCAUAUUUAAUACACAUGGGCCUGCCAGGAACCUGGAUUUCAUUGCCUUCCUUCCAUUUAAUUCCAUCUGAAUUUCUACCUUAGAGAGAUGUGAAGGAGGAAAGGCAGUUCAAAGUGCCCAUCUUGAGCCUUGCCUAAUUCAAUUUCUUCAUUUCCUCUAAGCAGAGGCCUAAAGAGAAGCACCCAAUUCUCUGGUCUUCAGAUCUCUCUCUCGCUCUCUCUCUCUCUCCCUUUAUCAUCUGCAAAUUCUCAUAUCUCUCUCCUUGGAUUGUUGUCCAGAAUGAGAGACAUAGCUUCUUGUUUUGGCGAAUACUCAGUAAAUGUAUCAGAUUCUUCUUGUUCCAGCUAUUCAAACAAUGCUUGCCUCUCUCCAAGCUUGAUUCCUUCAAUCCAAAAUGCAGUCACCAGUGUCUACAAAAUCAACCUCUCUACUAAGAAAAAGCUCCUGAUCUCAGUCACCUGGUGCAAGAACCAGCUGGGUCAAGGCCUAAGUAUAAACUUGGGGGAUGACCCAUCUGCUGCUUUCAAACUCAACACAAAUUCUCGCUUAUUUAGAAAGAAAAAGGGCAACAAAUUGUUGGAAUCUGAUAAUUUGAAGAUUGAAGUCUUCUGGGAUCUCUCUAUAGCCAAAUAUAACACUGGGCCUGAACCUGUUGAAGGUUUCUAUGUCCUGGUCGUGGUUGAUUCAGAAAUAGGCCUCCUCCUUGGUGACAUCGCUGAAGAAGCUGCAACCAGGAAGCUCAAAAGUGGCACCCCAGUUGCCAAAGCCUCCCUAGUUUCACGGCGAGAGCAUUGCUCUGGCAACACCCUUUAUUCAACCAAGGCCCAAUUCUGCGAUACAGGGACUGCGCAUGACAUUCUGAUCAAGUGUAGCGGAGAAAAUGAAGGACUAAAGCAUCCAGUUCUAUCCGUUAGUAUUGAUAAGAAGGUGGUAAUUCGGGUAAAGAGGCUGCAGUGGAAUUUCCGGGGCAACCAGACAAUUUUUGUUGAUGGCUUGCUGGUUGAUCUAAUGUGGGAUGUUCAUGGCUGGUUCUUCAAUCCAGCAUCCGGUUACGCCGUAUUCAUGUUUCGGACGAGAAGUGGGAUGGACAGCAGGUUGUGGUUAGAGGAGAAGUUGUUGCAGAAAGACCAGGACAGACUUGAAUUCUCUUUGUUGAUCUAUGCCUGUAAGAGCUUAUAAAGAAACUGACUUAUUCA